AUGGAGGCAGAAGCACUGGAGAAUGUGGCAGCGCAUACACAGGAGGCCAUGGAGACCAUUUUCUCCUUUGUACCCGCCCUUGUUCUGAAAUCGGCCCUCCUCCUGCAAAUCCCAGACAUAAUCGCAAGCGAAGGCCCGUGCGCCUCUCUUUCCCUCCACCAAAUCGCCGCCCGACUUCCGACCCAGACACCCAAUCUGGACUACCUCUUUCGCAUCCUUAGAUAUCUUUCGGCCAGGGGCGUUUUCAUUCAAUCCCAGGCGGGUGACGACACGUCAGAGGUUCGAUUCUCCCUGAGUGAGUGCGCAAAGCUUAUGUACGUUAGGGAGAACAGUCAUGCGAGCCUGGUUCCGUUGGUUGUGAUGCAGACCCACGAGGUGAUGAUGGCCCCGUGGCACCGUCUCCAUGAAUGCGUGCUCCAAGGCGGCCAUGCGUUCGAGAAGGCUCACGGUAUGGACAUUUUUGCUUAUGGGAAGGAUCAUCCGGAGGUUAAUUCUAUCAUCAAUGACUGCAUGGCGUCUUUUACCAUGACGUCCAUGAAACAGAUUGUGAGUUGUUACAGGGGAUUUGAGGAAUUGGGUACAGUUGUGGAUGUUUGCGGCGGGCAUGGAGCGGCUUUGGGGGUGAUUGUGAAGGCAUAUCCGCAUAUCCGGGGAAUCAACUUUGAUCUUCCCCAUGUCGUUCAGACUGUACCGUCUAUUCCAGGUAUUGAGAAUGUGGGUGGCAAUAUGUUUGAGAGCCUACCAUAUGGAGAUGGCAUAUUUUUGAAGGAUGAUGAGAGUUGUGUGAAGAUACUUGACAAUUGUUAUAAGGCUUUGGGUGAAAAAGGAAAACUUAUAUUAUUAGAAGUUGUGGUAACUAAUUUGAAGAAGCCAACUGAAUCUCUUGAAAUACUUAGUGAUUUGACUAUGAUGGCCCAAGGAAAUGGAGGACGAGAAAGGAGUGAGAAAGAGUGGAAUAAGCUACUUUCAAAGUCAUCCUUUUAUAUUAUCAAAAUCACAGGACAUUCUAGAUUGCAUUUAAAAUUUGUAGAAGUUGCAAAGCUAAAAAUAAUGUAA